UAAUCAUCAAAAUGUCGGGCUUAAUAAUUUCACUCCUGAUCGGCGGCAUCGCGACGUAUUCCCAUUCCGCGGCUGUCCCAGUUUCGGACGAAAAUCCCGUCGAGAUCGCUCCCGAAGAAUUAGUUUUCAAACAGAAAUUAGUCUACGAACUUCUUCAGCAUGUCGACCAGGCGACGGUGGGCAACCCGGAACUUUACAAGAAAGGAAAAUCCUGGGACAUCAAGGAGAAUUCGAAGCUCUACGACAGCGAGCAAGUGGUGAACGAAUUUCUGGAAAAAUACGAACGUGGAAUGCUUCCGCGGGGUAGGAUCUUCUCCGUAUUCUACCCGGUGAUCCUCGAGGAGGCGAUAUCCCUGUUCAGACUAUUCAAAUCGGCCACGAAUCACGACACAUUUUUGAAAACCGCUGCCUGGGCGAGAAUCCACGUGAACGAAGGGCAGUUUAUUUACGCCUUCAGCGUCGCCGUCGUCCACCGAACCGACAUGAAAUUCGUCAAGCUUCCGCCGCCCUACGAAAUAAAUCCUCACCUAUUUUUCAAUUCGGAAACCAUCAGGCAGGCGCAGAUAAAAAAAAUGACCCACGUACCCCAUCCCUCCGGGGUGAAACUCAGCUACCUACUGCAGACUAACGAGAGCACCUGGCGGACCGAUUAUCCGAAUAAUUUCGAGGAGAGGUUGAAUUAUUUUACCGAGGACGUUGGACUGAACGCGUACUUCCACAUUCUCAAUCUUGAAUACCCUUUUUGGAUGUCCAGCGAGGAAUUCAACCUUCCAAAAGGUUACAGAGGAGAGCAAUAUUACUAUUCUUUGAAGCUUUUACUGACCAGAUACAAUCUGGAAAGAAUAAGCAACGGUUUGAAUAAAAUCGAAUACAUCGAUUGGAACAAACCUUUGAUCACCGGCUACCACCCGUCGCUGACUUACCCGAAUGGCGUACAAUUUCCGCAUCGCCAUCGCGAGUCUCAUGUUCCACAGGACAAAUACAAGCAGCUUCAAGUGCGUAUAAGUUUUUCCAAUUUAUUUUCUUUUCUUUUUCGAAUGCAAACGUACAGUGAUGUCUGCAUAAUCGAACGUAAAAUUCAUCAGGAAAUCGCGAACCUGGAGUCCCGGAUUUUGGGUAUUAUCGAUUCGGGAUAUUUCGUGGACGUUGAGGGAAAAACCGACAGCAUUUACACCAGUGACGGACUGGACAAUCUCGCUAACAUCAUAGAAGGAAAUGCUGACUCUUUGAACAAACAAUUGUACGGCUCGGUCGACGCCGUUUCCAGAGACAUUCUAGGCUUUCAUCCGACUCCUUUGAACAAACAUCAGACGCUUCCCAGCGCGAUUCAGCACUUCAGCACCAGCCUGAGAGACCCGAUUUUUUAUCGCCUGAUCGACAGGAUCGUGGGAUACUUCGAACGUUACAAGAGCAACAUGGAGCCCUACACGAGGGAACAAUUGGGAGCGGGUUCCGGUCUGAAAAUCGGCUCGCUGGACAUCGGGGACCUUGAAACUUUCAUCGAUCACUCCGAUCUGGUGGUGGACAACGCGGUGGCGAUCGGUAAUUUCGCCGAUGGCGAAUCCAUCGGCAUCAAGGCACGGCAGCACCGACUCAAUCACAAACCGUUCACGUACACCGUGAAUAUAAUCGCCGAAAAACCCACGCCCGCAAUGAUCAGAGUAUUUCUGGGACCGAAAUACGAACCGAUAAGCAAUCGGGAAUUGGACAUCGCCGAUAAUUACGCGGACUUUUACGAGAUCGAUAACUGGAAAGUUGAGCUGAAAUCGGGCGAGAAUGAAAUAAAACGCGCUGACCACGAGGCGCUCUUCGUCCUGCCGGACGACGAGGGGGCGGACACAUUUUACUGGAAGGUCAAGGAAUCCGCGGAGACGAAGAUUCCUUUCAUGUACUCCAAGAGGAUGUACGGAUUCCCGAAGAGACUGCUCAUUCCCAAAGGAAAAAAAGAUGGUUUACCUCUCAGGAUAUUCGUUCACGUUGCUCCCUGCAACGACGAUCAUACCUCCGAAACGGAUUCACCGGUUUGGGGAAAGGGAAUAACCGAUGGACGUCCCCUGGGCUUCCCGUUGGACAGACCGUCGACCAUUGAAAAUCUUACGCUGCCUAAUAUUCAUUGGCGAGACGUCGUUAUUUUCCACAAAGACGUCGAUGAAGUAAAUGUCUAGAGCUCGAUAUAUUCGCGAGCUUGAAAAACAGUGGAAUUUUUCAUUCUCAUAAAUACACGUAUAGAUCAGCCGUUGUCAUAAAUAGCGUAACAACUAAUCAGUUUAAUUAUGUGGAAUAAGCUUAUCGCCAAUAUUGUAGUAAUCACCCCACAUGACGUUCUGCCCUAUGGUCCCGUUUCGCAAGUUAUGUACCUAAAAUGUAUUAAAAAGUGAUUAUAAUAAAAAACCAGGUCCAAAUUA